GGCGGUCUCCGGGAAGCCAAGGACGCUGCGAGUACGUCUGUCAGCCUCACCUGCACCUGCACCUGCACCUGCACCUACGCUUUUCACCAGCAGGGCGGACGCAGAAUCGGAGGGUGACGGGUGACGGGGUGACACUGGAUCCGCUCGUCAUGGCCUAUCCGGGAUACGGAGGAGGGUUUGGAAAUUUUAUUGGUCAGAUGCCAGGAAUGCAGAUGCAGAUGGGACAGCCAGUGCCAGUGCUCCCUGGUGGAUACCCCGGGCACCCAGCUUACUUGAACAAUUACUCCUCAGCCGAAGACCCCAUGUGGACAUACUUUACCGCUGUUGCUGGACAGGAUGGUGAAGUGGAUGCAGAAGAACUUCAGAAAUGUUUGACACAGUCUGGAAUUAGUGGAACUUAUUCUCCCUUCAGUUUAGAAACCUGCCGAAUUAUGAUUGCCAUGUUGGAUAGAGAUUAUACAGGAAAAAUGGGAUUUAACGAAUUCAAAGAACUUUGGACAGCUCUUACUGCCUGGAAACAAAAUUUCAUAACUAUUGAUCAAGACCGAAGUGGCACAGUGGAGCAUUAUGAGUUGAAUCAAGCAAUUGCUGCUAUGGGUUAUCGGUUGAGUCCUCAAACCUUAAGUGCUAUUGUUAAACGUUAUAGCAAGAAUGGCAGGAUCUUCUUUGAUGAUUAUGUUGCGUGCUGUGUGAAGCUUCGGGCUUUGACAGAUUUCUUUAGGAGAAGAGACCACUUGCAACAAGGGGUUGUGAAUUUCAUAUAUGAUGAUUUUUUGCAGGGCACGAUGGCAAUUUGAAUAUCUAGAAUUUGAAAACUAAAAAAAUACUGUGAAUGUUUCUGCUUGGAAGAAAUGAACUGGACUACUUUGAAUUAAAGCUUUUGGGGCUUUUCAUGUUUCUACCUAUUAAAUCUAUUCCCUUUAUAAUACACACACACACACACACACA